UUCAUCUUCCAAAGAAUCAUCAAUCGAUUAGUCUUCCAAAGAACUUCAACUGAAAUAAAGUAGAUAAUUUACCCUAGUCGUAUUCUAGCUUAAUUACCCAACCCUCUCUCUCUGCCUCUCUCAUCGUCUUACCAAUUCCAAGGGUUAAUAACUUUGGAGGAUGGGUUUUAGUUCUGUGUACCAGACUUUGAAGGAGCUCUUUCCUCAGGUGGAUACUCGCUUAUUAAAAGCUGUAGCUAUAGAGCAUGCAGAGGAUCCUGAUGGAGCGGUGGAAUCAAUUCUUAUAGAGGUUCUUCCUUUCACCAGUGAGAAGUCUGACGUUGGUACUACCAUUGUUAGAAACAUCGGAAAGAUUGCAGAAACACCCUCUCUGAGCUCUUCAAUUCCGGGAUUAGUGGAAGAAAAAGAGGCUAAUGAUACUCAUCUGCUGAAUGACACCCAUAAUAAUGAUGGUGAUUCCUUAGCUUCAUCGUUUUAUGAUGCAAAUGAUACUGAUGAUUUACAGAAUGGAAACAUCAGAAUUGAAGAGUCGGUAUCAUUUACAAGGUGUGAAGAAAAGAUUGUUGAAACUAGUCAGGCUGAACAAUUGGUCGUCACAUCUGGAAGCUUGAUCGAUGAUAGUAGUACUGAUGAUUGCGUUCAGGCAUUUGAGGAUCAUGAGGGUGAAACUUUUGUUCCUUCUCUUGAUUGUCAGGAGAGAAGAACUGACGUGCAUGUAGAUAAAACUGAUGACGCCUCUUCAUCAACUAUAAAUACUGAAGAUCGUGAAGCUGAUGCCAGCUUAAGUAAUCAAUGGAAUGUGAAUCGGGAUUGUGCUAAGGAUGCUCCGGGCUUUGAGUACUGUCAGGAGCAACAAUUUCAAAAUUGCAACUUGUUGGGAUCAAGGAUUUAUGCUGACAGAGCCUCAACAUCUGUCACAGAGCUGGAAGAUGAGAGUGGAAUGCCCUUUUUUGAUGCUGGUAAUAAAGAAAUGGGUAGCUACGUUGAUGCUGACUUCACACACGAACUCCCCUUGACUGAUCUUGGUGGUGCUGUGGGUGAGACUGCAUCGAGCACUAUAGUUACGCAAUCUGGCCAAAUAUGUAGAAUAAACUUGCUCGAGGACAUUAUUGAGGAAGCAAAAAUCUACAAGGAUUCCUUGUUUACUGCAACGGAAGCAGUGCUCAAGUUGAUUGAGGAUGUAGAACAUCAAGAAAAAGAGGCCGAACAGGCUAAAGCUGCUGCUGAGAGGGGAGGCUUCGACAUCUUGGAGAAGGUGGAAGAAAGAAAGAAGAUGCUUAAACAUGCAAAGGAAGCAAAUGAAAUGCAUGCUGGGGAAGUGUAUGGGGAGAAGUCAAUUUUAGCUACUGAAGUGAGGGAACUGCAGACUCGUCUUCUUGGCCUGGCAGAUGAAAAAGACAAAUCACUUGCUCUGCUAGAUGAGAUGCGAAAAACUCUCGAAGCACGAUUAGCUGCAUCGGAAGAAGAGCGGAAAGCAGCUGAGAAAGAGAUGCUGGAGAAGCAAGAGAUUGCAAGAGGUGCUCUGGUUGAGCAAGAAUUCAUCAUGGAGAAGGUGGUCCAAGAGUCAAAACUGUUGCAGCAAGAAGCUAAAGAGAAUGCAAAGCUAAGGGAUUUCCUUAUGGAGAAAGGUCAUUUCGUCGAUGAACUGCAGGGAGAAAUCUCUGUAAUUUGUCAGGAUGUGAAGUCACUGAAAGAAAAAUUUGAUAAACGUGUAUGUCUCAGUAAGUCUCUUUUCAUUGAGCAGACGAGCUUUCGUAUGGCAUCAUCGACUUCUUCAGUCAGGAGCAUGACCUCUUCAGUCCGGAGCGUGGCUUCAGAUUCCGCCACUGGGCAUGUAGAGACACCCAGAAGGAUUAGUGCAGCUCCCUCAGCUGAGUGUCAAACACCUAAAAGCAAUGUUGGGGAGGAGGCUGAUGGAUCUGUAGUUACUACACAUCACAAUGACCUUUUGGACGAUGACUGGGAACUUUUUGAUUUUUAGAAAUACCUUAAAAUGCUGGAGCCACUUUGUGAAUAUUCGGAAAUUUUGAAUAAGUUCAGCUGUACAGAAUUUCCUAUUUAACUAGUUUGCUUUGGUCCCUUUUUGCUGCUAGCCUGCUACCUAAAUUUGUAGAUAAUAAAUUGCUAAGUGAUCUUGUAAGGUAUUAGUGAUGUUCUUUUGAUUGCUUUGAGUUCCUGUAAAUUUUAUACUACUAUAAAGCUUGCCUUAUGGUUUGCUUUUCAA